AGCGCAUUGUGUGGAUGAUGAUAGCCUAGGCGCCACCCAAACCUCAGUCUACUCAACCUACAACAAGACACUCUGACUCAUUUUACGGCCAUGAGCAGGCUUCGCGGCUGUGCUCUUCAUUAUCCAUUUUUUACUCGUCCGAAGUACACCCCUUCUAACUCACAAGUAAAACUCCCCCAUUUUAUCUCAUAUGCACUUCAUCGUACCAAAUUCCAUUCUUCCGUAACUUCCGCCGCUCUUGUCCUGCUCCAGAACUCGAGGCGCGCUUUAUUUAACGGUAGCUGGACACACGCUCUUGUACAAGACUAUCCAUCAUAUAACCGUAUUCAUUGAUGUGCUACAUGAUAGAAUACAAAUAAUACAACAUCCUAACGAAGUGUAAGUGCCACGUCAUCGACAGGAGUAACGACUCGGAAGGAGAGACGC